CAGCUGUUACUUGUGUACCUUCAUGUGAAUUGUGAAACAAUCGUGUGAUUAUUCAUUCAAUAAAGAGUACCUAAUAAUUGUAAGAGUUCACCUGGUGUGAACUGUGAAAUAGUCUUCACUAUUCAGCAAUCAGAGAAAUCAGUAAUUACUUAAAACCAAGAGGACUGUGUUCAAACAAUAUAAUAUUUACAUUUUAGUCUAACGAGUUGCUUAAUGAUCGGGUGUGGAGCAGUUUUUAAGUUUUUGAAUAAAUUGAAAUAUUUCUAGUAUCACAACAUUAAUUAUAAAACAAUGCUGUGUGUGUUUAGCGGCUUCUUGUUGUUUUGAAUUAUUGUGUUUCGAAACGAAUAUCUGUUUCGUGGCAAACAUGACGUCUUAUACAUUCCUAUUUUUUGUGUUUACACUUUUAAUAUAUGACUGUGUCGCACGUUCUAUUGAAGACAACGAUGAAACUUUCGUCCUUAAUCCAUCCUAUGCAAAGUACAAUGACUUGGUCAAAUUAUUCGAUAAACUACAGUCUUCCUACACAGAUCUCGCAAAAGUAUAUUCAAUUGGAAAGUCCGUGGAAGGGCGUCAACUUUUAGUGAUACAGAUUACUAAAGGGGUUAAGGAAAUACAUCCUGACAGACCUUCCUUUAAAUAUGUCGCAAAUAUGCAUGGAGACGAGUCAGUUGGUCGUGAAUUGGUCAUAUACUUAGCCCAGUAUCUUUUGCUUAACUAUGGCAAAGAUGAAAGAAUAACCAAAUUAGUGAAUAGUACCGAUAUUCAUAUAAUGCCUUCAUUAAACCCUGAUGGAUUUGAAGUCAGUAAGGAAGGAUCAUGUGAAUCAGAAUCAGAGUAUAAAGGCCGGAACAAUGCGAAAGGCGCGGAUCUCAAUCGCGACUUUCCGGACCAAUUCGAUAAGGGCAAGUCCAAUGAUGACGAGUACCUGUUCAGUGGUCGGCAACCGGAGACCGCGGCCUUGAUGAGAUGGGUGCUCAGCAAAGAGUUUAUGCUGUCUGCUAAUCUGCACGGCGGAGCUGUAGUGGCCAGCUAUCCCUACGACUCGAGUGCUUCUGCUUCUGACAACUGUUGCGUAGAGAGUCGCUCACCUGACAAUGAUUUGUUUAAACAUUUGGCGUCGGUGUACGCGUCGCGGAACGAGGAUAUGAAGAAGGGAAACUCUUGUAUGCCUGAGACGUUUAAGGAUGGGAUUAUUAAUGGCGCUUUCUGGUAUUCCGUUAAAGGUGGAAUGCAAGACUUCAACUACUUAUAUUCGAAUUGCUUCGAGGUAACAUUCGAGUUGUCGUGCUGCAAGUAUCCGUUCGCGAAGGAAUUGCCCAGGUUCUGGAAGACUAACCGCGAAGCAUUGAUUGCAUAUAUGGAACAAACCUAUCAAGGAAUCAGGGGAUUCGUCGUUGAUGAGAAUGGUGAUCCUGUCAAAGGAGCUAGAGUGACAGUAGAAGGUAUUAACCAUGCAGUGAAGACAACUAGAUAUGGAGCAUAUUGGAGACUGGUGCUGCCUGGGGAGUACAACAUUACCGUAGUCGCUGCGGGGUAUUCUUCACCACCGAUACAAACAGUGAAAGUAGUCGACGGUCAGCCUUCUGUGGUCAACUUCACCGUGCACCGCCGGCCACGGUCACUGACCGACGCGCACAAGAGAAGCACACGUCAUGCAAUAGACGGUCUCUCCCCACCAGACUUCGUACACCACAACUACACCAUGAUGGAGAGAUUCCUCAAGGACCUCGCGGAGCAGUACCCUAACGUGACGCGGCUGAGCAGUAUCGGGAAGACUGUGGAAGGCCGGGAGCUGUAUGUGUUAGAAGUGGCUCAGAAUCCUGGAAAGCACAUUCCGGGAAAACCCGAGUUCAAAUACGUGGCAAAUAUGCAUGGGAAUGAGGUCAUCGGAAGGGAGUUGCUUUUGCUCCUCGCUAAGUAUCUAUGCCAGCAGUACUCCAGCGGUGACCACCGCGUGCAGAGUAUCGUCAACACCACCCGCAUCCAUAUAAUGCCGUCCAUGAACCCUGACGGCUACGAGCGAUCAAGAAUUCGUGACUACGGCAGCGUUCACGGAAGAGCGAAUGCACAUGAUGUGGAUCUCAACAGGAACUUUCCGGACCAGUUCGGUCCCACAGAGGAUAACACAAAACCUGAACCGGAGACAGAAGCAGUGAUGAGCUGGUCUAAAUCCAUUCCGUUUGUGCUGUCUGCGAACCUGCACGGUGGCUCCCUGGUCGCUAACUAUCCAUACGACGGCAACGCCCUCAUGCAAGAUGGCGCCGAAAACCUCACACCCGACAACCCUGUGUUCGUUCAUCUGGCGCAUGUGUAUUCUGAUGCCCACCACAAAAUGCACUUGGGUCAACCCUGCCGGCACAGCAAUGAAAAGUUCCCCGAGGGAAUAACGAACGGCGCUAAGUGGUACGUGUUAGCCGGAGGUAUGCAGGACUGGAAUUACUUGCACACCAACGAUAUGGAGUUGACUCUAGAGCUGGGCUGCUACAAGUUCCCACCGGCGUCCGACCUGCCCACCUACUGGGAAGACAACCGGGAUGCACUCCUGGCCUUCAUUGAGCAGGUUCACAUUGGUGUACGUGGAUUUGUGCACAGUCACAUAGGACACGCGCUGUCUAACGCCACCAUCAGCGUCGGAGGAAUAUCGCACAGUGUGAAGUCAGCAGCGGAUGGAGACUACUGGCGGCUUCUGAUGCCGGGCCGUUACAAUGUGACCGCUUCCAAGGAUGGGUAUGAAAGCGUGACAGAACAAGUCACUGUUCCUGCCAACGGUUCCGUAAGCCUGAACUUCACGCUGAUGCCUGACGAUCCUCAACACUGGUCCUCCGCGUACGACUUCCGAGUUCUCGAGAACAUAGUCAACACACGGUACCACACGCCGCUAGAGAUGUACGCAGAACUUGCCGAGCUUGAGAAUAAGUUCCCGAGCAUCGCCGAGUUCCGCGCCGGAGACAGUCUGACCACAUCCACGCUACACGAGCUCAAGAUCACUGAUGAUGCCGGUGCACCAGAAGAAACCAAAUUCCACAUAGCUCUUAUAAGCAAUUUAUACAGUUCGCAACCACUUGGGCAAGAAAUGUUACUGAAUUUUGCGCGACAUAUAUCCACGGCGUACCAAAUCGGCGAACCAAUUCAUCGAAGAAUUCUCCAGAACGCCGUACUCCAUUUCAUACCAAACUUAGAUCCUCUCUACGAAAAGAUAUUGAAAUGGUAUAAUGGCACCGAAAAAUGCGAUGUUGAACCAUUAGAAGAAGAAUUUGGGGACAGCGUGUAUACAUUUUUGACUAAGGAAAAUAAAAUGAAUCCUCUUUCUAACUACACACGAGAGAAAGCAUUUCUGGAGCUGUUGAAAAGUGAAAAGUUUGAUGUAAUCCUAGAGCUCGGAUCGGGAAAUGAUGACGUCCUUUUCCCAGAAUUGUCGAAAAACAUUUAUGAUAAAUUCGCACAAAAGUACCAGGCUAACAGAAUCGCGAGCAAUAGGUACGAAUGCAAUUCGAAGCAUAACGUGGUGCAUGGAAACUUGAUCGAUUUGCUGUUCGAAAGAUUCAAUGUGCCCAUAAUAUCGGCUGGGAUGAGUUGCUGUAAGAUGCCUUCGAAGGAAAAUAUUGCUUGGGUAUGGAGAGAAAAUUUGCCAGGAAUAAUGAAUUUUGUCGAAAUGGCUAAUACGGGUGUAAAAGGAUACAUAAAGAAUGAGCACGGUGGUCCAGUCAGGGCUGCGACGUUGACAAUUUCAGGCAUGCCCAGGCCCUACCACGUCACCAGUAAUCUGGCACAUUAUCACCUAAUGCUGCCGCCUGGCGACUAUCGUGUAAUCGUGCGGUGCGAACCCUACCAUGAACAGACAUUGACGUGGCGUAUUUUGGAGGGCCAAAUAAAACAGAAGGAUAUUAUUUUGAAGCGAGUCAAUGCCGAACAUGUCCGCGGGCAACUUGAACCUCUAAACAUUGGCAACAAUCCUGAUCUGGCGUAUGUUACAGGUCUAUCGCUGGACCAUGACAGUCUUCCGCUAAACGCAAUAAUAAGCGUAUACCCCCUGGAGUCUAAGCGGAUAUUAUUCCACAACAGCAGCGACGAAAAUGGCAGGUUUGUGGUUAGUCUGCCCAUCACUUACAUGGGCCGGGAAGUUAGAAUUGUAGCUGAAAGUGAUGGAUAUGUCUCCACCAGUAAACAUGUCAAGAUAAGCAGCAGUGAUAACGUGACUCCGAAUAUUCUGUUGAAAUUGGAGAGAGAUGACGCCGUGCUCGGCAUGUCGAGAUUAGUCUUCGUAAUGGUUGCCGGUGUGAUCGGUGUCUGCGUCGUAAUGGGAGCCGCGUGGUGCUUCGGUCGCGGCGCGGCAGGGGGCGCCGCGCGUCGAGACUAUCUAUUCACGCAGUUGCCCGCAGACGACAAGCGUCCGCUCUGUGACCCGAGCGCUUACGAUAUAGUGAGAAAGCCUUACUACGAUGAUGAAGACAUACCACCCUCGGAUACUGACUCUGAAGAAGAAGUCGUGAUUCUCAGAUCUGAUGCAGAAUGGAAACCGAUGGAUCAAGAAUAACCUAUACAACUCUUGUCAGUUACGCAAAAAUAACAACAUUUACAAACUGUACAACUAACUAUUCCUUUUUAUUAUAUCGUCGUUAUGUUGGCUAAUGGCAUUAUUUAUGUCUUAUGUCUCAAGGUGACGAGCGCAAUUGUAGUGCCGAAUUUUUGGUUUUUUCAAGAAUCCUGAGUCUAUCCAGCUGUACAUCCUGCUCCUCUCGUGCGUUAAUUUCAUAAAAUAAAAGUGUGUGUGUACUUAUGUAUGCACACAAGAAGUUGUACUUCUUUGGCCUAACAAAGCAAAAUGAUUUAUUCCUCGUGAACGUUUGUAGAAAGAACAAUUUUGUAAAAAUCUUGCAACGGUGGCUUUGAUAGUUUAUUACUAAAUAACGAAUACGGCGGUACGGGCUUGAACCCUUUGCCUAUCCUAAUAUUGGAGGAAAAAACCAAAAAAAACGAAUGCUGCAAACUACAGAAAAUUAUAGGAACCAACUUCACCCUAUUACUUUUGUUACAGUGAUGCGCGCGCAUCUUAAAAUUUCACUCUCAUCAUUUUUUCGUAACGCACCUAUAGAAGUAUAACUUCAAAAAUUCUUUAAUUACUGCAAUAUAAUAUACUUUUAUCAAAUCCAUACUCUUGGUGCUUACUGCAUAUAAAAUGGAGGCCGACCCGAUUUUCUUCCAUAAACCUUUUUUUGUAAUCAAGUUUAUUCAAAAAUGAUUUUAAUAUUCUCAUUUUGUUGUAUUUUAAUUUGGGCUGAUGAUCUCGUUAACAAUGCUCUAAAAUCUAAAUAAAUAAAAUUAUUAUUAAUGAGGGUGUACAGUGGCUUCUGUCAAUUAAUGUUGAAAAAAAUAACAAUACAAAUAUGAGUAGGUAAGUAUAACACGUUUUUUUAGUAAAAUAACUAUUAAAAAAGGUAUUUGAAAAAAGUAUUAAUUUUAUCAAACAAUGCAGGGCCUACUUAUAAUUCUUGUGAUAUUUUUGGAAUUUUUUAAUAAAUGUUGAUGUAGAUCGCUUCAAAUAUUUAAGAAUAUAUUUUUGAAAGAAAUUCAAACAAUAAUAAAUGAAUAAUAAUUAGUAUAACGACUGAAUAACUUCUUGCGUUUGUAUUAUUUUACAUUCCUUUAAUUGUCUAAACUCUAAUGAUAUUAAUAAUGCUAUAUUAAAAAAGUUCCGUUUUUUCGAAAUGUUAUGUAGGCAUUUUAUCUCAUUCCAUUUAUAUAUAUUUUCGUUUGUAGAAAAGUCUAUUUUAAUAUAUUACAUUACGGUUUGGUCUCCGCUGCGCUACAAACUAGAUACCGCAAGCGUGGUCACAAAGUGCGGAAACUAAUACUGACUAUCUCAAACAAUUUGUGACACACAUGUUCUGUUAAACUUUGCUAAUAAUUGAACCUUAAAUGCCGGGUUGCGGAGUAAAACUUUGUAAAAAUAAAACUACAAGAAAUAAGAAAGACACUGUGUUCACAUAUCAUCAGUAAGUAUUUUGAAUUUUAUUUACUUCAAUGUAAAAUAACACAAAGCGUAGGUAUGUUACAAAAUUUGAAAGAUGCCAUUGAGUGUCAAGAUGCCAUUGAGUGUCAAGAUGCCGCGCACCCAAGCAUCUAAUAGUUGCCGUAAUAAAAAAGCUAAUUGUUCUUAGGUAGUGCGGUAUCUAAUUGGAGUGCAGCGGAGGGCAAUCCUUAAUCUAAGAUAUAAUAUACAUGUAUAAUUUAUGUUUCCAAGUGUUAUUAAAUAGUAAACAUUACUUAUCCAAAAUAAGAAAUUGUUUCAACUUACUAUAAUAAUUAAAAUAUUUAUUUUAAUCUCAGUUUUUCAUUAUAGAUAUUGAGGUUAAUAAGCAAUGAAUUGCAAUAUUACAAACAUGCAUUUUUGUGCAUGAUUUUAGUGUGUAAAAAAUAUUCUAUAUAAAAUGUAUGUAUGUAUGUUUAUUUAUUUUUUAAUGUAAAUUAUUCCUACCUUUCUGGAAUUUAUAGCAUUCCGAAUCUCGCCUUGUGAAACUUAGUCUUAAACUUACAAACUUAUAUUAUUUUCUUUUUCGCUAUUUAUAUUUAUAAAAUUUAUGUCAAUAUAAUGGUGCUUUAGGUUUAAUAAUAAUACGUGAUCAUAAUGGUGUGAUGUAAUAAAUUUAAUAAAUAUUUUUAAAAUAUAAUAUAA